GUUACGUUUUUUCUCAAAUAACUAUUUUAAUAAUUGGAUCCAAGAGUUUCACCAUCGCUUGAGGUCUCUUCUUGUAUAACGAUGAGAAAUUUCGUCUAUUAUUUUGUGCAAAUUGCGGGAUUAUCACUUCAUUUCAGCAUUGCCGAGCCAAUAAGAGGUGAAAACGUGGUUGCGGUAGAAGAAGGUGAAUUUCCAUUUGUCGUGGCGCUCAUCACGAAUACUAACUGCGACAUUAUUUGCACCGGCGUACUCAUCUCGGAAAGGCACGUUUUGACAGCUGCUCACUGUUUCGAAGAAUUGCAACCAAACAACACGCAGGUUGUUUUGGGCUCCGUCGACCUAACAAUUGGUACGAGGUACAACGUGGGUAAGUGGAUAACUUACGAUGAAUGGGCAGAAAUUGAAGGAGUUCCUCAAAGUUAUGACUCAACCGACAUAGCCAUUAUCAAGCUCUGCGAGAAUGUCGACAACAAGGUAGCAAAACCAGCUGAGUUGUCGGAAAAAACUCGCUCCGAAAUAUGUCUUCAAAACGUAACGGUGUUAGGAUGGGGCCAGACGAAUCCCGACUCGAAUGACCGUCCAAGAUAUUUGCAAAAGGCAAGUCUUACGGUACUGACUAGUGAAAGAUGCGAACAGAUAGUAUCCGGCCUAAUGAAUGAAACUAUUACUCUGGAUGACAGCCUCUUCUGUACCAAACAUGAACCAUCCUCCAAGCUGGUUUGUAUAUUUCUAGGGUGACAGUGGCUGCCCGAUUCUUACUGAGAAGCGGAAAGUCGUAGGCAUACACAUAGGCAUAUGUCCGAAAAAAAGUAUUUGCUUCCGCAUCAGAUGAAUGAUGUCGUCAACACUUACGCAUUGGUAGUAUACUUCAAGGCAUUCAUAAAGAAGGUGUUGGAGACAUUUUGAAUAUAAAUUACCAAGAGGCCUAGUUGCGACGGAAUUCGCGGAACAACAAAUAUAUUUCAUUGAAUGCAAUAAAAACUUGA